AUGGGACCCAGUUGGAGCGUGGGGGAAAAGCCCCCUCCCACAAUGGCCAUCCCACCCCCCGGCUUGAUCUCGGUGCUGGGCCACCACUACGCGUGCCACCCACUGACCGCAGAAUUUCCGGAUCUCGUCGACGGCUCGUUGGCGAUGGCGGAGAAGAGGCUGUCCGUACUCGAUUUCAAGCUCGGCAAUAAGGGAUUCACCGUCGGCAUCGAUGUCAAGGACUCCAAGGUGACAAAAGUGUAUCCCUCGUCGGCAUUCCUCGGCCACCUCUUCGUCAAUGAUUGCCUGAAGAAUGUGAACGGGAAGGUGAUCACCAACACGGCCGAGUUCUACCAGGUGAUCAGCGCCAACUCGCCGGGCAAGGUCCUCAUCGAGUACGAGCGCGACGAGGCCGUCAAGGUUACGGUAAAGCAAGUCCCCGGUGGGCGGCCCGGCUUCGAGCUGCACGAGAUGGAGCUGGUGUGGUACUCGGGCGGCAGCAUCCUCGGGCUGCUCGUUACAAAGGAUGCCGAGGGCCACGUGGUGGUGGCGAUGAUCGAGGACGGGUCGGUGGUGGCCAAGCAGGUCGAGGCCGGCGACAUUCUCGUGAAAGUGAACGACCAGGCCGUGACGGAAAAGGACGCGGCCCGCCUCCUCAUCCACAACGGCGUCAACAAGAACAAGAAGGUCAAGCUGCUGCUCGAGCGCGCCAAGAAGGAGUAUCCCGUCCCGAACUCGCCGUGCAGCGAGAUGAAGUCCAACGAGAUGAAGUCGAUCAAGUCGCCCGACCCGGCUGGACCGUCCAAGUCCGACACCACCCUCAAGUCCCAGAUGCCCUCAGCCAUCGUCGUCGUCAAGUCCAAGGAGACGGCAAGCACGUACACCCCGACGACGAUCGGCGUGGUCACGUCGAAGUACACGCCACCGGCCGUGUUGCCCCUGCCGCCCGGGUGGAAGCCGGCUGCUGGCGCUGAUCCCCCACUACCACCGGACGUCAUAGAAGUGAUGGCGGCGAACAAGGAAUUUUUCAAGAUCGCCUGCGCCGAGCCGUCGAUGAUCCGCACCGCCUCCGUGCCCAACGCCCCCCACGUCGUCGAGGCGUCGCUGACCGAGAAAGUGCCCGAGGUGGAGAUCGGCUUCGACCCGUCCCCGAAGCCGCUUAAGAAGACGCCAAAGCGAGUCGGAUCA